AUGCCCAUCGCUCACAGUCUUAAAAAAGUCGCCAAAAAUGUGUCCAAGCACUCGGGACAGAUGCAUAUAAAGGGCCGCAAGUUCAAGCAGUUGAACCGUGCCACUUUGCGAGACCAAAAAUUGACAGAAAGAAAGAGAAAUUCCCAGGAACACAAGAUGAAAGAACUUGAAAGUUUGAGAUUCUUCCAAGCAGCGAUCCAAAACAGAGGAAACUCUUCGUUUCUGAUGGAGGAGAUCAAGAUUUUCAUAGAAAGCUACCUUUCUCGUUUUGACGAGGAAUUGAGCACUUUGAGGCUUGAUAGAAGACCUGGUCGUCCUCCCACUACUCGCCAGCAAAAAUUGGAACAGCAACUUGAAACAGAUAAACAACUUUACCAAACCGGAUUCCGAGUGCCGGACAUUCGCGACAAGAAGACGGUGGAGAACUUGCGCAACUGGAAUGGUUCGCCCGGUGGAACCACUAUCUUAAAGUUCAUUCGUGUGACUAAAGACCUGUCGGAUGCCACCGAAAUGGAAGAUUAA